UCCAGCUGAUCGGCCUUGGCUCCGGGUGCGGACCCUCGGAUUGUCCGCGGCCGUUUUCUCACAAAAAUUGUGUUGUCUGUUUCAUCUUUGUUGUGGCGGCCGCUCGUGUCGGCAAAGCACGCCAACCUGUCUAUUUAUUUGGACAAAGGAGUACCGAGGAAAGUGGAUUUUCUCAGCCCGUAGCUGGUCGAGGAACCUCCUCAUAUUGAACAGGCCGCAUCUCCAUCCCCGGUCUCACCUAUUUGGACCUACCGACUCUUUGGAACUAUGGGGGACACAGGCAGUGAACGCAGCAAGCCGCCCAGCAUACCUCCCCGCUGUCCCUGUGGAUUCUGGGGGUCCAGCAAAACCAUGAACCUCUGCUCCAAAUGUUUUGCUGACAUUCAGAAAAAGCAGGCAGACGAGGACUGCGCCCCCGGACCCUCCCCCAGCACUAGCGGCAGCCAAUCGGCGGCCUUCUGUAGCGAUAUGAGCAGCAGCAGUAGCCAAUCUCUGUCGUCGACGCCUGUCAGUUCGGAGGAGCCGUCGUCAAAGGACACAGGAGCCACUUGUUCCACUACUCCGCAGGGAGCUUCCAGCACAGACACAGUCCACAGCGCACUGUCCACGCCCACAAAACGCUCCUGUGACUCGGCCUCGGGGUCGGACAGCGAGGCCUCGCCGGAGAAGCGGUCGAAGCCCGACGACGACGACCCGGUCGCCGAGGAGACGCGCGGCGGCCCCAAGCAGAGGAACCGCCGGCGCUGCCACCGCUGCCAAACCAAGCUGGAGCUGGUGCAGCAGGAGCUGGGGUCCUGCCGCUGCGGUUAUGUGUUCUGCUUGCUGCACCGCCUCCCCGAGCAGCAUGACUGCCUGUUUGACCACCUGGGGCGGGGCCGCGAGGAGGCCGUCAUGAAGAUGGUCAAGCUGGACCGCAAGGUGGGCCGCUCCUGCCAGCGAAUCGGAGAGGAGUGCUCCUGAGCCCCGCCCCCCGACGCCACCUGGAGACGAGAGAGGAGAGUGGGAGAGAGAGAGAGAGAAAGAAAGAAAGAGAGAGCGAGAGCGUGAGAGAA